GUGCAAGCAGGAAAGUUUAUUAAAGUGCAAGUACGCUCCGCAGAUGUGAGAGCAGGCCGGCUCGAGGGAUAGCUGCACACGGGGGGCUUGGGUUUCUACCUUUUUAGUGACAGUUGUUAACUAGGGGGUGGAAUAUUUAUUACCCGAGGCGGGGAUUUCUUGAAAGCAGGGUUUCCCGCCUUUUUUUCCUGAUUCUGUCGGGCGUUUCCAGCCUUCUUUGUCAGCCGGCUUGGGCCGGUCUGGUUUGAUCCGGUUUCCCGUGGCUUUGUUUUGGUAGUUCUGCCCGGACAGGCCUCUGACUUUCUUACAACUACGCUGGCCGCGAUUUACCCGUUUCUGGACUCCAGGUAUUCUGUUAAAACCUAACUAGCUGCCUACUCUAACAAGAGCAUACAGUCUGGAAUCAAGAGUUAAGGGGUGUGGUGCGAUGAAUGAGCAAACCGGGGAAGGGAAUUAGGAGGAUCUUGGACCCAGGAAGGAACUGGGGAAGCUAUUUGUGGACUCCGCCGCAAUCCGGGCCUCCAGCUCAGAGCCAGCCGCUAGGAGGAGGCCCUAAAAGGGGGCUUUUCACAGGCAGUGGCAACCUGCUGAGAGUCACUCUUCCCAACAGGAAACUAUACGGAUGUUUUUAACUCAGGAAGAGUGACUCCCAACGCUUUUGUGAAAAAACGCUUUUGGGGAGAAGACUCUUCACCUAUCCCGAAAGGGUGGAAGCAAGCAGGCAAGCCCCCACUGCGGGCUUCCCGGAUUUUAUUGGUUGCCUCCGGUCAGCCCCUCUCUCAUUACGUCUCUGUUAUUGGUCAGCACUGCCAAGCGUCAGCUGUCACAGACACCAUCCGGAACCAAUCAUCUCUAAUCCCCACUCCGUCUCUCCUCCAACAUGUGAAUGACAUGCACGCGAACCAAUAAGAUAGGAAAGUGAGGAUGUGAAAACGAGACUCCUUCCCUUGUUCCUCAUCUCGUUUAGCAAAUGGUAGAAAAGGCUGAGCAGCUGACACCAACCACCAAUCCGUAAGGGCGGAACUGGGACGAGAGAAGAGUGAUGGGAGGGGGUGACGUGGCAGUGACGGGGUCAUAAACUGAAAUGAGUGGCGGAAACCCUGGCCAAUCGGUGAUCGAAUUGGCCGGGCACUCUGCAUUCUCGAGUCCUCCCUGAGCGCCGGAGACUUCGGGAAAGCACCAAUGGGCUUGUACAUGAGUCUGAUUGGCCUUCACCUGAACCAGUCAGCGGCGUGCCUGCAGGACGCGUCCCACCCCGGGCUCUCACUGGGCGGUGUGGGAUGACAGGCCCGAGAGAAAUGCCAAUGUCCUAGGGGUCCUCCGCAAGUGACGCUCAGCGGCACCAAUCGACUGCCUCCUUCCCGGCGGCCGAGCCCUCCCUCCCGCAGCGGGCCUGGCGGGGCGGGGACGCUGCGCGGCUGCGGCUGAUGCGCUAGCCGUGUGGGGCGCUCCGGGCGGCGAGGGCGGCUCUCGUAGGCGGUUCCGGUCCUGUAUUUCGGGGCGGCGGCGGCUCAUGGCGGCGACGGAGCUGAGAGGGGUGGUGGGGCCGGGCCCGGCGGCCAUCGCAGCUCCGGGCGGCGGCGGCACGGGUCCCCCCGUGGUGGGAGGCGGCGGCGGCCGCGGAGACUCGGGGCCAGGCUCCGGGGCCGCGCUUGGCACGGUGGCCUCGGCGGCGGCGGGCGGCCCGGGCCCCGGCGCCGGGGGAGUGGCGGCUGCGGGCCCGGCCCCUGCGCCGCCGGCGGGGGGCUCCGGCGGCUCGGGCGCCGGGGGUUCGGGCUCGGCUCGAGAGGGCUGGCUCUUCAAAUGGACCAAUUAUAUCAAAGGCUACCAGCGGCGGUGGUUCGUGCUGAGCAACGGGCUCCUGAGCUACUACAGGUCAAAGGCAGAAAUGAGACACACUUGCCGUGGUACCAUCAACCUCGCCACGGCCAACAUCACCGUGGAGGACUCCUGCAACUUCAUCAUCUCCAAUGGCGGCGCUCAGACCUACCAUCUGAAGGCGAGCUCAGAAGUGGAGCGGCAGCGCUGGGUGACGGCCCUGGAGCUGGCCAAGGCGAAGGCUGUGAAGAUGCUGGCAGAAUCGGAUGAGUCAGGAGAUGAAGAGUCUGUCUCACAAACUGACAAGACGGAGCUGCAGAAUACCCUGCGGACGCUGUCCAGCAAAGUGGAGGACCUGAGCACAUGCAAUGACCUGAUAGCCAAGCACGGCACGGCACUGCAGCGCUCCCUCAGCGAGCUGGAGGCCCUGCGGCUGCCCGCCGAGAGCAACGAGAAGAUCAAGCAGGUCAAUGAACGGGCCACGCUCUUUAGGAUAACAUCCAAUGCCAUGAUCAAUGCCUGCAGAGAUUUCCUCAUGUUAGCCCAGACCCAUAGUAAAAAGUGGCAGAAGUCCCUUCAGUAUGAGAGAGACCAGCGUAUCCGGCUGGAGGAGACCCUGGAGCAGCUGGCGAAGCAACAUAAUCACCUGGAGAGGGCCUUCCGGGGGGCCACAGUGCUGCCGGCCAACACUCCGGGCACUGCUGGUUCUGGAAAAGACCAGUGCUGCUCUGGCAAAGGAGACAUGAGUGAUGAGGAUGAUGAGAAUGAGUUUUUUGAUGCUCCUGAGAUCAUCACCAUGCCCGAGAAUUUGGGCCACAAACGGACUGGCAGCAACAUCAGCGGAGCCAGCAGUGACAUCAGCCUGGACGAACAGUACAAGCAUCAGCUGGAAGAGACCAAGAAGGAAAAGAGAACUAGAAUACCGUACAAGCCAAACUACAGCCUCAAUUUAUGGAGCAUCAUGAAGAACUGCAUUGGAAAAGAACUCUCAAAGAUCCCCAUGCCGGUGAACUUUAAUGAACCCUUAUCCAUGCUUCAGCGCCUUACUGAAGAUCUGGAAUACCACGAGCUGUUAGACCGAGCUGCAAAAUGUGAGAACUCUCUAGAACAGCUCUGUUACGUUGCAGCUUUCACCGUGUCCUCCUACUCCACUACUGUUUUCCGUACCAGCAAGCCAUUCAACCCACUCCUUGGGGAGACUUUCGAGCUGGACCGAUUAGAGGAGAAUGGGUACCGAUCCCUCUGUGAGCAGGUGAGUCAUCAUCCCCCUGCUGCUGCACACCAUGCCGAGUCCAAAAAUGGCUGGACAUUGCGUCAGGAAAUCAAAAUCACCAGCAAAUUCCGAGGCAAAUACCUCUCCAUCAUGCCCCUCGGUAGCAUCCACUGUAUUUUCCAUGCAACUGGGCACCAUUACACUUGGAAGAAGGUUACCACAACGGUGCACAACAUUAUCGUGGGCAAGUUGUGGAUAGAUCAGUCUGGUGAAAUUGAUAUUGUGAAUCACAAGACGGGAGACAAGUGCAAUCUUAAAUUUGUUCCUUAUAGCUACUUCUCUCGUGAUGUAGCAAGAAAGGUGACAGGGGAAGUGACAGAUCCAUCAGGAAAAGUUCACUUCGCCCUUCUGGGGACGUGGGAUGAGAAAAUGGAUUGUUUCAAAGUACAGCCAGUCGUUGGGGAAAAUGGGGGUGAUGCUCGGCAGAGAGGCCAUGAGGCAGAGGAAAGCAGGGUCAUGCUAUGGAAAAGGAACCCUUUACCGAAGAAUGCAGAAAACAUGUACUACUUCUCAGAGCUUGCUCUGACGCUCAACGCCUGGGAAAGUGGCACCGCCCCCACAGACAGCCGAUUGCGGCCUGACCAGAGACUGAUGGAAAACGGGCGCUGGGAUGAAGCCAAUGCUGAGAAGCAGCGCCUGGAGGAAAAGCAGAGACUUUCCAGAAAGAAGAGAGAAGCAGAAGCUGUGAAAGCCACAGAGGAUGGCACUCCCUAUGAUCCCUAUAAGGCGCUGUGGUUUGAGCGGAAGAAGGACCCUGUUACCAAGGAGCUAACCCAUAUUUAUAGGGGAGGAUACUGGGAGUGUAAAGAAAAACAGGACUGGACCGCGUGCCCCGACAUUUUCUGAAACAGCAGCAGCGACAAAGAGGAGGAUCCAAAGGAGGGGACAGAAGACGUGCGGGAAGGCGGGCGUUUGGGACUCUGGCCGAGCGCUUUGCUCCCGGUUGUCUGUCUUAACCAAUCAUUUUGUCCAAAUCAAUCACCAGAAGCAGACACCAGUGGUGGUGAUUGGCUGGUUGCCUUAUAGCUGAUUGAAACUGAGAUCGACUCACUAGACCCCUGUGUUGGGAGGGAGGGGUUCAGUGGCCGGAACGUGGCGCUGCUCCCCUUCUGCAGAGCCCGAGGGUCGUGGCUCGUCCUCUCCCCUCUGCCCCCACUUUAAGAUGAUGUCAUUCACCCUCCCCUGUAGGAUCCUGCUCAGCCAAGGUCUGCGUGAGGUGAUGAUUCAGGGGCGUUUUGGUGCUGUUCAGAGCGAGGGCUGAAUUUAGAAGCUCCUUGAACGAGGAGCACAUCCGACUUAACGAGUGGAGGCAUCGCGAAUGACUGCAGGGAUGCUUAGGCGUGGCGUCACGAAAUGGGGCCACACGCGGGGUCAGUCUCUUGGGGCAUCCAUCCCAAGAUAACUACAGCGUCGGGGCCUGUUCUGUAAGACCGGAAUACUCAGACUGACAUUUCUUGGAAGUUUCUAUCUUCACUUGUGUAAAAUACCCUUCUGCUGUCCUCCGUCUUUGACAGCAACCGGAGGCCACUUUGGUGGUUUGUAGGAGGGUUGCGUUAUCCUCCCAAGGGAGUUUUAUGGACUUCCUCAGAUGGGGAACUUCUGAGAGCACAAGGCACGAUGGAAAAGACUGCUAGCCACUUUGCUUUCCCAGUUCCUCCUCACUCACCCCCAUUCUUCAUUGCCCUUCUUGCUCCUCCCUCCCUCCUCCCCCCUUCUCUCUCUCUCUCUCUCUCUCUCUCUUUCUCUCUCAGCGCAAUACCAGUUUGGGUCUGUGCCCCAGUGUGGAGCAAAGCAUUACCUGUCCCAUUCUGAUAUACUUCAGAAUUUGAGAGAAGGGGUUAAUUUGAAACAGAAGUUUUCACCAUCUCUCAAGCCCCAUGGACUGGAGCCACCUCUCAAAUAAUGUGUUAAAUAUCUGUAUAUUAUAUAUAUGUAGAGAAAAAUCUAAUUUUUUUGUUUGAUUUUCCUUCUUCCCAUUAAGAAUCUUGUUUUUUGGUAUCCUUUGUCUCCCUGGUACUCUCUCUUGGAUGACUGAUGUGGACGGGAGCCUCCUCUGUUUUCCAUCCUUUAGGGGCAGACAGAUUCAGAACCUGAGCAGGAUCACCUCCGGCAGUCACCGAACAGGGACUUGGUCCCUCUGUAUGAUGGAGUGCCCACUGCUGUCUAAAUUCUGCUCUCCUAAUUACCUGAGUCUUGAAAAUGAAAUCCUAACUCUUUCCUGCCUUUUUUCCUUCUUUUGUUAGGAAGAGCAUGGGUAGAGAGUCAGGACAGUAGUUUCCAGUUUAAUUCUGCCUCUGCCCAAAUCCCAGCACACACAGCUGAUUCCCAAAAGACACUUCUUCCUAGGACGUGGGGCUGAAAGUGCUGUCAUGUGGGGCGGGUAGAAGAACUGCUCCUGUCGGGCCCUGGCUUCCUUCAUUUUGUGUUCUGUAUUUGUUUUAGUUGUCUUGUUCAGAAAUCUGCCCCUGUGCAGCCCACCCUUGGUUGAGGAUCACAAAUUGAGGUGCCUUCCUUGUAUGCUUUUUGUUAGUGUUUUUCGUUUCUGUUCCUUAACUGCUGAGCCUCAGCCAGUGUGGGUCCUGGGGGAAAUAUCAUUCCAGAGGAAGCCAUCCCUGCAUGGGAAUUGGAUUUAUACUGGGUAAAUUAGUACUUCUAUUCCUUCCUCGUCAUUCCUCCCUCCCUAGCUGUGAUGCACUUGAGAGACAGGCAACCGCUGGGGAGUUUCCUCCUAAGACCCGAUUCCCAACCGAAGCGCGGGAUUGUGCUGGGGCUUCUUUCAAGGAGGCCCGCCAAGGCUGUGACCUAAUUGGGGCUUUAGCCAGAGCAGGAAUUUCUCAACCAAACUGAACGUCUCUGCUUUAUCCCCCACCUUUCUUCCUCCGCCAUCUGCACUACAUUUCCCAGCCUGAUCCCCAGUCCGAUUCCUGCUAAUGGAGAAGCUUUGAGUCCUUCAGGUGAAAUGAAGUCACAUCAAAACAAAACUAUAUAUAUUUUCGUUUUUUUUGCCUUAUUGCUUUUUUUCCAAGAAAACUACUAAAUUAAAUAAUUUUUAAAAAGUCA